AUGGGAAGGCUGAUGGUAACCAAGAGGGGAACAGCUGUGGCUGCUACACAGUGUAGCUCGGACGCUGUGAGUUUCAAGAAUCUGGUGAAAGGGAGAGAGUGGACAAUGAAAAUGGACAUGGAGGAUGCUGACAUGACUCUGUGGACGGAAGCCGAUUUUGAAGAGAAGUGCACAUACAUUGUAAACGAUCACCCGUUGGAUCCCAGUGCCGACGGAGGCACCUUAACUCAGGCAGAGGCUUCCUUGCCAAGGAACUUGACUUUCAAAUACGCAUCUAACUGCAAAGAGGUCACUGGAGUUAUAAGCAAAGAGUACAUCCCAAAAGGAACGCGCUUUGGACCCCUGGUAGGAGAGAUCUAUACCAGCGAUACGGUUCCCAAGAAUGCGAACAGAAAAUACUUUUGGCGGAUCUAUUCAAGUGGUGAGCUUCACCACUUCAUUGAUGGAUUUAACGAGGACAAGAGCAACUGGAUGCGUUAUGUAAACCCUGGCUACUCUGUUCAGGAACAGAACUUGGCUGCUUGUCAGAAUGGAAUGAACAUCUACUUCUACACCAUCAAGCCCAUCCCUGCCAACCAAGAGCUGCUUGUGUGGUAUUGCCGAGACUUUGCAGAGAGGCUGCACUAUCCGUCCUCCAGAGAGCUGACAAUGAUGAACCUCACACAAACCCACGCUAAUCCAAAGCAGCACAGUGCUGAUAAAGAUGAGCUCUAUCAGAAAAGCAUCCCAAAGAAGGAGCACAGUGUGAAAGAAAUCCUGAAAAUGGAAUCCAAUCCCCCAAAAGGAAAAGACUUCUUCCAGACCAACAUUUCACCAGUUACUCCAGAAAAAGACUUGGAUGAUUUACGUAAGAACUAUAGCCCGGAGAGGUGUUUCUUCCCUCGAGUUGUCUACCCAAUCCGACCUCACAUUCCGGAAGACUAUCUGAAAGCUUCCUUAGCAUACGGGAUGGACAGACCCAGCUACAUUACUCACUCGCCCAUCCAGACAUCUACUACGCCAAGUCCUUCCGGGAGGAGCAGCCCAGACCAAAGUUUAAAAAGUUCAAGCCCUCACAGCAGUCCAGGGGUCACGGUUUCACCUCUGGCACCUACUUCCCAAGAGCACAGAGAGCCCUACUCUUACUUGAACGGAUCGUACGGCUCAGAAGGAUUGGGGUCUUAUCCUGGAUAUGCACCCCCUGGCCACCUCCCACCUGCCUUUCUACCAUCCUAUAACCCCCACUACCCCAAAUUCCUGUUACCUCCAUUCAAUAUGAGCUGUAAUAACCUGAGCGCUUUGAACAAUAUCAAUGGCAUCAACAAUUUCAAUCUCUUCCCAAGGAUGUAUCCUCUUUAUGGCAACCUGCUCAGCGGAGGUAGCCUUUCCCACCACAUGUUGAACCCCACCACACUCCCCAGUUCGUUGCCCAGUGAAGGAGGCCGUCGAUUGCUGCAGCCUGAUCAUCCGAGAGACUUCCUCAUACCAGCACCUAACAGUGCCUUCUCUAUCACGGGCGCUGCUGCCAGCAUGAAGGACAAGCCAUGCAGCCCUACCAGCGGGUCACCCACAGCUGGUACAGCAGCCAGUUCAGAACACAUAAUGCAACCUAAACCUACCUCAGUGGUAUUGGCUGCCACCGGCAGUGAAGAAGCCAUGAAUCUCAUUAAAAGUAAGAGGAAUGUGACCGGUUACAAAACGCUCCCAUACCCACUGAAGAAGCAGAACGGGAAGAUCAAGUACGAAUGCAACGUUUGCUCCAAGACCUUUGGCCAGCUCUCCAAUCUGAAGGUGCACCUCCGAGUACACAGUGGAGAGAGACCAUUUAAAUGCCAGACUUGCAAUAAAGGCUUCACGCAGCUGGCUCACCUCCAGAAGCACUAUCUGGUACACACGGGAGAAAAACCGCACGAGUGUCAGGUUUGUCACAAGCGGUUCAGCAGCACCAGCAAUCUCAAAACCCACCUGCGGCUCCACUCUGGAGAGAAGCCUUACCAGUGCAAGCUCUGCCCGGCCAAAUUCACCCAGUUUGUGCACCUGAAGCUGCACAAGCGUCUCCACACCCGGGAACGUCCCCAUAAAUGCAUCCACUGCCACAAGAGCUACAUUCACCUCUGCAGCCUCCAGGUCCACCUGAAGGGCAACUGCCCCGUCGCCCCUGCCUCCGGCCUCUCCAUGGAGGACCUGAAUCGAAUCAACGAGGAGAUCGAGAAGUUUGACAUCAGUGACAAUGCUGACAAGUUGGAAGAAGUGGAGGACAAUAUCGACUUAACAUCGAUCGUGGAGAAGGAUAUACUGACCAUGCUCAGGAGGGAAAUGGAAGGAGCUAAUCUGAAAGUAUCUCUGCAGAGGAACCUGGGAAAUGGACUUAUCUCCUCAGGAUGCAACCUUUAUGAGUCGUCAGAUAUGUCAAUUAUGAAGUUGCCUCACGGUCACCCACUACCUCUGUUACCUGUAAAGGUCAAGCAAGAAACAGUUGAACCAAUGGACCCUUAAGACUUUUUGGCAAAGUGAUUUUUUUUUUUUUAUUUAUGACUUGGCAAGUCAGGGUGCCUGUAGCAGUUGCUUGUACAUAGUUUCAAUGCUGCAAAGCAAUCUUGGCU